AUGGCGACAUUUAUUUCCGUGCCGCUUAAAAAGUCUUCAGACGUGGACUUGGUCAAACCGCUGUCGAAAUACGUGACGUCCACGUACCCGGCGGGCGACGAGCAGGCGGAGUACAUCCGAGCCGUGGAGGAGCUCAACAAGCUUCGGCGGAGCGCGCUUGGAAGGCCCUUGGACAAACACGAGAGCUCCCUGGAGAUUCUUCUCAGAUAUUACGACCAACUGUGCGCUGUGGAGCCCAAGUUUCCCUUCAGUGAAAACCAGCUGUGCUUAACCUUCACAUGGAAAGACGCCUUUGAUAAAGGCUCGCUGUUCGGCGGUUCCGUCAAGCUGGCUUUGGCCAGCUUGGGAUACGAGAAGACAUGCGUGCUGUUCAAUGCGGCGGCGCUCGCUAGCCAGAUUGCCUCCGAGCAGAAUCUGGAAAAUGACGAGGGCCUGAAAAACGCCGCCAAAUUCUAUCAGCUGGCCAGCGGCGCCUUCAGCCACAUCAAAGACACGGUCCUGUCGGCUCUCAACCGCGAGCCCACCAUGGACAUCGCCCCAGAAACUGUGGGCACCCUGAGCAUGAUUAUGCUGGCGCAGGCCCAGGAAGUCUUCUUCCUCAAAGCGACUACAGACAGAAUGAAGGACGCCGUCAUAGCCAAGCUGUCAAAUCAGGCGGCAGAGUUCUACGGUGAUGCCUUCAAGCAGUGUCAGUACAAAGACAACCUGCCUAAGUAUUUUUACUUUCAGGAAGUGCUACCGGUGCUGGCGGCCAAGCACUGCAUCAUGCAGGCCAACGCCGAGCUCCACCAGAGUGUCCUUGCCAAGCAGAAAAAGCGCUUUGGCGAGGAGAUCGCCCGCCUGCAGCACGCGGCCGAGCUGGUGAAGACGGUGGCGUCCCGCUACGACGAAUACGUGAGCGUCAAGGACCUGACGGACAAGAUCAACCGAUCGCUCGUCGCCGCCAAGAAAGACAACGACUUCAUUUACCACGACCGCGUGCCUGAGGUGAAGGACCUGGAGCCCAUCGGCAAGGCGGUGCUCGUUAAAGCCACCGCAAUCUCGCCGCCGCUUAGCCAGAAGUUCGCAGAUGUGUUUGAGAAGAUGGUUCCCAUGGCGGUGCAGCAAUCCAUGACUGUGUACAGCCAGCGCAAAUCAGAGACAGUCAACAGACUGGUGGGAACCAUGCGCGAGGCCACCAACCUCUGCAACGGGGUGCUGGCGUCUCUCAACCUUCCAGCCGCUUUGGAGGACCUCUCCGGGGACUCCAUCCCGCAGUCCAUCGCCGAGAAGUCGCGCUCCAUCGUGCAGCAGGGGGGGCUGCAGAGCAUCGAGCAGCUCAUCAAGGACUUGCCUGAGCUUCUUACUCGCAACAGGGAGAUUCUAGAUGAGGCACUGAAAAUGCUGGACGACGAGGAGACGACGGACAACGAGUUGAGAGCCAAAUUCAACCAACGCUGGAACAGGACGCCGUCUGGGGAUCUCUACAAGCCCCUUCGCGCCGAGGGCGCAAAUUUCCGCAGCAUCCUGGACAAGGCUGUACAGGCGGACCAAGUGGUGAAGGACCGCUACAACGCCCACUGUGAAAUGAUCGCGCUGCUGUGCAAGCCCGAGAGCGAGCUGAGCGCCGCGCUGCCCUCCGCCAACCCCAUGAAGACGCUGCAGGGCAGCGAGGUGGUGAACGUGCUGCGUGCGCAGCUGGCCCAGCUGGACGAGGUGAAGCGGGAACGCGAGGCUCUGGAGUCCGACAUCAAGGGCGUGACCUUCGACAUGUGCGGGACCUUCCUGACGGCGCUGGCCAAGGACGGCGCCAUCAACGAGGAGCAACUCUCGCUGGGGCAGCUGGACAAGAUGUACAGUGAGCACAACCAGAAGGUGCAGGCCAGCCUUCGCCAGCAGGAGGAGCUGCUGGGAAAAAUUCAGGUGGCGCAUCAGGAGUUUAGCAGUCUGAAGCAGUCCAACACAGAGGCCAACCAACGCGAGGAGGUCCUCAAGAAGCUGGCCUCGGCCCACGACAGCUACGUGGAGAUCAGCAGCAACCUCCGCGAAGGCACCAAGUUUUACAACGACCUGACGGAGAUCCUGCUCAAGUUCCAGAACAAAUGCUGUGACAUUGUCUUUGCUCGCAAAACGGAGCGAGAUGAGCUCCUUAAGGAGCUGCAGCAGAGUAUCGCCCGUGAGCCCAGCGCCCCCAACUUCAACGUGCCCGCUUACCAAAGCCAACCCCCGACCGCCCCUGGCGGGCCCACUCCUGCACCCCGGACAAUAUUUGUCCCUCCGCAGGCGCCUCCGCAGACCCAAGACAAAUCCCUGCCACCUGCCAGACCCCCUCCACCCAACCUGACUCCAGCGGCUAGUACACCCGUCACCCCUACACCCACAGGCAACCCACCCCCGGUGGCGCCACCCUCCGCGGCGCAGGGACCCCCUUACCCCGCCUACCAGGGGUACCCGCAGUACUUCCAGAUGCCGAUGGGCUACAACCCGUAUGCCUACGGCCAGUACAAUGUACCCUAUGUGCCCUACCAGGCGCCACCGGGCCAGGCUGGCUACCCGGGCGCUCCUCCAGGCACACAGGGCUACCCCGGAUACCCUCAGCAACCCUCACAGCAGAACUACUACCCUCAGCAAUAA